AUGAGCAGACGGAAUUGUUGGAUUUGCAAGAUGUGCAGAGAUGAAUCUAAGAGACUUCCUUCAAACAUUACUUUGGAGGAAGUAUUACAAUGGGGCCAGUCUUUGGAAAAGCUGAUGGCUACAAAAUAUGGUCCAGUAGUCUAUGCAGCAUACUUAAAGAUGGAGCAUAGUGACGAGAAUAUUAAAUUCUGGAUGGCAUGUGAAACCUAUAAAAAAAUUGCCUCACGGCGGAGCAGAAUUUCUGGGGCAAAAAAGCUUUAUAAGAUUUACAUCCAGCCACAGUCCCCUAGAGAGAUUAACAUUGACAGUUCAACAAGAGAAACUAUCAUCAGGAAUAUUCAAGAACCCACUCAAACGUGUUUUGAAGAGGCUCAAAGGAUAGUGUAUAUGCACAUGGAAAGGGAUUCCUAUCCCAGAUUUGUAAAGUCAGAAAUGUACCAGAAACUUUUGAAGACUAUUCAGCCCAACAACAAUUCCUAA